AUGACAGACUUCUUUGACAAACUCCAAGUUGGACCACAGCUGGUUUCAGAUUGCUCCGGCUGUGAGGGAUUUUGGUACGCUCUCAAGGAGCUCUUUCCACACAAUAGUCGUCUGAUCAGUUCGUGCGAUUGUGCUGUUGCUCCCCUCAAGUUCAAUCUUUCGAACCUGGAACCACUGAAGCUGUUUCAGAAUGUAGCGGGCAGAGAUUUGUUCGACGUGGCACAGCUGUCGAACACAUAUGCAGCUGGGUUUCCCUGUCAGCCGUUUAGUGUACUGCACAACGAUAGUGAGCUCCUUGGUGAUCCCAGAGCAAAAGUCCUCUUCUGGGUCUUGGCUGCUAUAGCAACAACUGGUCCAGCUCUAGCGCUGCUAGAGAACGUGGUGGGAAUCUUGCGCGUAUGGAAGAAGGUGUGGAAAGCACUUAAGAAAUUGGAAAAAUACGAGUACCUGGUGGCCAAAAUAUUGAUAGAUCCCUUGCUGCUGGGAGAUGCAAGCAAGAGACGUCGGGUGUACAUCAUCAUCGUGCAUCGGUCAGUGCUCCGUCCUGAGAUUGCCACCCAUGCAAAGCUGGAAAAAGUUUUGAAUGAGACCCUGGGACGCAUGGAGCUUCCUGGGCAAGCUCCUCCAGAUCCGUCUCAUCUCAUGUUUCCUGAUGACCAUCCAGAAGUCCAGCGCAAUGCCCAAGAAAGGAUGAAGCGGGCCAAGGCUUCAGGAAAGGAGAUUUGGGAUUUGGUUUCAAAGUGA